AUGGUCUUCAAACCCGCUGCUGUCGCUGGCACAGUGCCUCCAAUCCCGGACAACAUCCCCAUUAGCGAGUUCAUGCUCACAGAAGGAAAUGGCCGCUAUUCCUUGUCCAAGGCGAGACACCCAUUCACAUGCGGUCUCACCGGGAAAACAUAUUCCACGCUUGAAGUGAAGGAGCGGGUGGAUUACAUGUCGCGUGCGCUCGCGAAGCUACUUGGCUGGGAGCCCAACAGCGGCACCGAAUGGGACAAGACACUUUGCGUGUUCAGCUUGAACACAGUUGACACACUACCCCUAGCGUGGGCGACGCACUCGCUAGGCGGCAUCGUCUCCCCCGCUAACGCUGCGUACUCCGCAGAGGAGCUGCGACACCAGCUCCUUGACGCAAAGCCGAAGGCCUUGUUUACUUGCGUCCCGCUUCUUUCCACGGCGUUGGAAGCGGCCUCCGCGGCGGGUUUCCCAAAGGAGCGCAUCUAUUUGAUCGAUGUUCUACCGGAAAGCGGGAAGAUUCCGACGGAGUACAAAACGCUCUCGCAGCUUGUUGAGGCAGGGAAAUCGCUGCCGAAGGUGGAGAAGGUUAGCUGGCGUGCCGGAGAGGCCGCGCGCCGGACAGCGUUUUUGUGCUACUCUAGUGGAACGUCGGGGUUGCCGAAAGGAGUGAUGAUCUCUCACCGGAAUGUUAUCGCGAAUGUUCUACAGAUAGCAGCUUUUGAGAAAACCUGGCGCGACAAGCAAAAGACUGCCGACGGCAACUACUAUACCGAUGUCUUGCUCGGACUUCUUCCGCAGAGUCACAUCUACGGAUUGGUCGUCAUGUGCCAUGCCGGUCCAUUUAGGGGUGAUCAGGUUAUAGUCCUCCCCAAGUUCGAGCUACGGACGUAUAUGGCGGCUGUUCAGAACUUCAAGAUCUCGACUUUGUUCGUGGUGCCACCAAUCAUUAUCAACAUGCUUCGGAGUCCGGAAAUCUGCGGCCAAUAUGACUUUAGCUCCGCGAGAUCGCUUUUCACUGGCGCGGCACCCCUCGGUAAAGAAACUGCUCUCGAAUUCCAGAAGGCAUAUCCGAAUGUCGCAAUCCGACAGGCAUACGGUCUUACCGAGACCUCAACUGUCGUUACCGCUACACACUUUGAUGAUAUCGUUUUUGGAUCUUCUGGCUGGAUCGUGCCUGGGGCCGAGGCCCGUAUCGUCACCCCUGAUGGUAAGGAAGUGACUAGCUACGACACCCCCGGUGAGCUUUGGAUCCGAAGCCCGAGUGUCGUCUUAGGCUACCUCAACAAUGAGAAGGCCACGAAGGAGACGUUCUCCGACGGAUGGAUGCACACCGGUGACGAAGCCAUUAUCCGGAAGAGCCCCAGGGGCAUCGAGCACGUGUACAUUGUCGACCGCAUCAAGGAAUUGAUCAAGGUUAAGGGUCACCAAGUCGCACCAGCCGAGCUUGAAGCUCACCUUCUCACCCACCCGGCUGUUGCUGACUGCACUGUCAUCGCCAUCCCUGAUGAUUCCGCGGGUGAAAUCCCCAAGGCCAUUGUGGCUAAAUCGCCCGAGGCAGGCCCAGACGACGAGGCAACAAUUAAGUCCAUCAUCAAAUACGUACAGGACCACAAGGCGCGACACAAGUGGUUAAAGGGUGGUGUGCGGUUUAUCGACGCUAUCCCCAAGAGUCCUAGUGGGAAGAUCCUGCGCCGACUCAUUAGAGACCAGGAGGCGGCGAUGCGCAGACAGGCUGGGGCCAAACUGUAA